GAUAUCGUGGAUUUCACGGUUGGUUGGUACGUUGAGCCGGAUCAACCGAAGAGUGUCGGCGAUAAAUGCGCUGAGCUUUUGACGGAUCUGAGAGCGUUCUGGUUCGAUGCGUUGCCGACGGCGGUUACGUUGAUGAAACAGUUCGUGACCGACAUAAAUGCAUAUCUUGAGGUUUGUUUUGAGGAGAGUUUAGAACAAUUUUGA